GCACUUACUAAACUCUUCAUAUUCUGGCCCAAGGCUUCCACGCUACGCCAAACACCAAGAGCGAUGGAGACGGAGACCGCCCUUGCAAUUCUUAAGGAAGAAGAAAAUACUCAUCCCAAUCUUUCCGGUUCCAAACGUAGGGAACUUCGUUCAUGCUACCGUGAAAUCGAAAGAUGCAUUAACGAGGGGAAAGAUGAUAUUGCAGAUGCGACUUCCAAAAAGUUCAUGGCCAUCAUGAACGAAGUGGAAAACAUCCAUCAACAUGUAAGCAAGCCGCGAGAGCAGGUAGCAGAUGCAGAAGCCUUCUUAGGGCUGACCAGCAUAUUGGUGGACUCUGUUAGAUCACAUAGUAAGGCAGGUGUUACCCCAGUUGAGUUUGUUUCUUGCUUGAUCAGAGAAUUCGGGCAGGUGAAAAGGCAAAAGGAGAACUCUUAUAAUGUCUCGUGGCAAGAUAUUGGCUAUUGUGUUUCGCCUAUUUUCAAGAGCGGGUCCGGGUGCAGGACAAUGAUUGGACCAAUGAAAAAUGAGCUCAAGCCACGGAAGCGAGUUGUCCGUGCAAAACGAGCAAGACCAAUGAAGAAAACUAUACCAGAAGAGCUGGAGACCACUGUAGAUUUGGUCUCAAACACUGAUCGGAACAUACAUGUGAUGUUUGAGGUAUUGAAGAGGAAGAAAAAGGCUGAAGUUGAAUGCCUCGUCUUAAAUAGAUAUUCAUUUGCUCAGACAGUUGAGAACUUAUUUGCACUAUCGUUCCUGGUCAAAGACGGUAGAGUUCAUAUGUAUGUGGACGAGACUGGUGCUCGACUUGUCGUUCCAAGAAACGGUCCAAGCGCAGAAGAAAUCAAGAGUGGUGUAGCUAAAAACGACCACUUCGUAUUCAGACUCGACUUCAAUGAUUGGGAGGUGAUGAAGAGAUAUGUGCCAGAUGGGGAAGAAGUUAUGCCGCAAAGGUAUACAUUCGACGUCAAACCAUGUUCUGCAAAAUCAAAUGAUGAAGAAUCCGUCAUACCAGAAGCGAUUCCAAUUGAUUCUCGAUUUGUUUGCACGGUUGCGAAGCACGCGAGGAACUAUGUGGCCAUACCAUGCAUGAUUACGACGUAAGAUGAUGAAUCUGGUUGUCUUGUCCCUCAUUUUGUUGCCUGAAACUUUGGCAUGUAUAGAGCAUUAGAGCUAUUUAUCUGAUCAAGUAGCAAAUUGUGUAGCAACAACUUCUCACCUGAUGUUGAAAUUGCCGUCUUUAAUGAUCAAGAUUUCUAUGUCUGAAUUUAUAUUUA